AUGGACGACGACGAGGACAACGGCAUUCUCAACAUUGAAAUCUCCGAUGACGAAGUCGACGUCACCAAGAAAAAGGCCGACAGGACCGGCCAGUCGGAGGCGGAUUUCCAGGCUGUGAAGCGGGAGUACCGUGUUCGCGUUGAAAACGGCGAGAUUUAUAAACAUGUAACGCUGCCUCUGCAGCCUGGCACGAAUAAAAUGCGCACCCAGGAGCUCAUUCACGCAGUCGAGGAGCUGUACUUUUUCCGUCGGUACCAAGAAGGGGCUGACUUGGUCAAGAGGGCAUUGGAGAAUGGAGGCGCGGAAACUCUUGACAACGACUCGCGCCACCUGUUGGAGUCUUAUGAGAAGAAGUGUAGUCAAAGGAUUGCCAAGUCUGGUUGA